AUGCUUUGGGAAUCUGGCAUUCAGUAUCGGAAACGCUACACGGCAGCACCCCGGCUGAUGGCGGAAUUGACCGGGGCGGCCAAACGACUGGUCGCGGGUAAACCCGCGGAAGAGGUGGCGUUCGCUGGAGGUGUGCGCCACGUCCUGGACUACUUGCGAAAGUCGUUGGGGAAACCCAAGGUCAACGAGGUCACCGAUUUCCUCGGGAAGUACUUCAACGGCACCCGUCGCAGGACGGGGGAGUCGAUGAAUGAUUAUGUGACGCGCAAGAGCGAGGCCUUUCUCCGUGUGAGCCAAGCCCUUCGACGAGUGCAGCCGCACUACAAGAAGACCAAGGUCGAGACCUACGGCGGGAACCACUACACGACUCCUUGUCGAUGGAGCCGCCGAUCCAGUGAUGCUAGUGGCUUCUGGGGAUCUGGGGGCUGGGGCCGCCAGACAACCGCCCACGAAAAGGGCGAAGAUCGAGCCGGAGAAGGGCGACCUCGACUGGUAUGGUUCCUCCUCGUACCAACAUGCUUGGCCAUCCUAUGGGUGGUCCUCGAUGAGUGCCUCCGGGAAGACUUCGACGACGUGGGAGUCAUGCAGAUCCAUUCGUUGGAAUGCGGAAAUGGUCCGAUCCUUCUGAGUGUGGAUGCUCUCAGAUCCCUUGGAGCUGUGGUGGACUUUGCACACGACAUGAUGGUGCUGACAAAAUUGGACAGCACUAAGAUCAUCCCCCUCCACAGAUCCGCGACGGGACAUCAGCUCCUUUCUCUCACGGAGGAUUUGUUCAGCAAUGCCUAUGUCUCGGCGAUACCAGUUCCCGACUUGAAGCACUACGUUUCACACUAG